AUGGCAUGCUUAGAAAUGCACAACUCCAUAAAUGCUGUUGCUAGAAUCUCUUUCUCUAACGACUUUGUCGAGAUCAGAUCGGAGAAGAGUAAUAAUGCUAAGAGCAACAACAUCAACACAAGAAGCUCUCUCUCUAAGCACUCUGCUGAUUUCGAGUUCUCGGUCAACGAUUACGCCAUGAUUCCGGCCGAUGAGCUCUUCCUAAAAGGAAAGAUCUUACCUUUUAAGGAAGCGAGUCACGUUCAUAGGACUUUAAGAGAAGAGCUUCUCUCUGAAGAAGAGGGUUCUGUGGUCGAUGGUAACAUCUUCUCACUAAGGCCACUAUCGUUGUCUUCUUCGUCGUUUUCCACAAAGGGCACGUGGAAGGAGCUAUUAGGUCUCAAGAGAGCCCAUGUUAGAUCUAAGAAGAUUGAUAAAAUCAACGAGGAAGAGAUUUUUUCAUCGGGCCAAGAUCACAAGAUAAUUUCAGGAAAUGUUGCGAUGAAGGAGUGUCAAGUUGCAGAUAAAUGA